AUGAAUCCCUUCAAGAACUACGAGACCAUUCAAGUCACGCUCAAGUACGGCGGAGCUAAGGGCGCGCGACUGAUAUCUGGGAUGACGAAUAAAACGGAGGCCCUUCACGUCCUUCUGGCAGAUCUCAAUGUUCUUAGAGCACAUCGUCCAAAAGGCGAAAACAUCCAUCAGGAAGGUGCUGCGUUCUUAUUGUCAUGGCCUCACCCCACUCGUGCGCCAGUCCCUGUGGUUGAGGGCACUUUGUACCCAAGAUGGGUGACCAUUUCCAAGGGAAAUCCAGAGCUGAACGCGGUCAAAGAGGAGCUCUCUAUGUAA